ACCAACCUCAGCUCUCCUCACAAAACUGAACUGUUCUCUCGCGAUUCGUCUUACCUCAACGCUACUUUCAAAUUCGAGAUGGAUGAAGAUUUCGAGAUGCCUCCCGUCGGUGGAAUCAACGGCGGAGACGACGACAUGGAUUUCGGCGACGACGCGGCGUUCCUCAAAGUCGGAGAGGAGAAGGAGAUCCAGCAAGGUUUGAAGAAGAAACUCGUCAAGGAAGGCGAAGGAUUCGAGACUCCUGAGAACGGCGACGAAGUUGAAGUGCAUUACACUGGUACUUUGCUCGAUGGGACCAAGUUCGAUUCGAGCCGUGACAGAGGAACGCCUUUCAAAUUCACUCUCGGUCAAGGUCAGGUUAUUAAGGGAUGGGAUAUUGGUAUUAAGACUAUGAAGAAAGGCGAAAACGCUGUGUUCACUAUCCCUUCGGCGCUGGCGUAUGGUGAAUCUGGUUCUCCGCCGACUAUUCCUGCCAAUGCCACGCUUCAGUUUGAUGUGGAGUUGCUUUCCUGGUCUAGUGUUAAGGACAUAUGCAAGGACGGUGGUGUGUUUAAGAAGAUUGUUGCUGCGGGGGAGAAGUGGGAGACACCAAAGGAUCUCGAUGAAGUUCUUGUUAAGUAUGAAGCUAAGCUUGAGGAUGGUACAGUUGUUGGGAGAUCUGAUGGUGUUGAGUUCACUGUUAAAGAUGGUUGCUUCUGUCCUGCGCUUGCUAAGGCUGUGAAAACCAUGAAGAAGGCAGAGAAGGUCCUCCUGACAGUUAAACCACAAUAUGGUUUCGGGGAGAAGGGCAAGCCAGCCUCUGGUGGUGAAGCUGCGGUUCCUCCAAACGCGACACUUGAGAUCGAGCUGGAGUUGGUUUCCUGGAAGACAGUUUCUGAAGUGACAGAUGAUAACAAGGUCAUCAAGAAAAUCCUGAAAGAAGGGGAAGGAUAUGAGCGUCCCAACGACGGAGCGGUCGUGAAAGUGAAACUGAUAGGGAAACUUGGAGACGGUACUGUAUUCCUAAAGAAAGGUCACGGUGAAGGUGAAGAGCUCUUUGAGUUCAAAACUGAUGAAGAGCAAGUGAUCGAUGGACUUGAUAAAGCCGUGAUGAAGAUGAAGAAGGGUGAAGUGGCAUUGGUGACCAUAGACCCAGAGUAUGCUUUUGGUUCAACUGAGUCAAAGCAGGAAUUAGCUGUGGUGCCGCCAAACUCAACCGUCUAUUAUGAGGUUGACCUUGUGUCUUUCGACAAGGAAAGGGAAUCGUGGGACAUGAACACUGAGGAGAAGAUUGAAGCUGCCGGUAAGAAGAAGGAAGAAGGAAAUGCCAAGUUCAAAGCAGGCAAAUAUGCACUCGCUUCCAAGAGAUACGAGAAGGCUGUCAAAUUCAUUGAAUACGACUCAUCCUUCAGUGAGGAGGAGAAGAAGCAAGCAAAAGCAUUGAAAGUGGCGUGCAACCUGAACGACGCAGCAUGCAAACUGAAGCUGAAAGAAUACAGGCAGGCUGAAAAGCUAUGCACAAAGGUGCUAGAGCUGGAAAGCACCAAUGUGAAAGCUCUUUACAGGAGAGCGCAGGCCUACAUGGAGUUGGCUGAUUUGGACUUGGCCGAGUUUGAUGUCAAGAAGGCCCUUGAAAUUGAUCCCGAUAACAGGGAAGUGAAGGUGGAGCAGAGAAGGUUGAAGGAGAAAAUGAAGGAGUUCAACAAAAAGGAGGCCAAGUUUUACGGAAACAUGUUUGCAAAACUAUCUAAGUGAAGCAGCAGCAGCAGCAGCAGCGUCAUGGGGAAUAGCUUUGGAUGUUUUUCUCGUUUAUGUAUCUUUGCUUAAUUUCCAUUUAAGUUGUGUUUUUAGAUGAGACCUUCAAGACAUUGUUGUUCUUUAUUAAAUGUUAGCUUUGAUAAUUUAUAAUCGAGAUACUUAUCGUCC